AUGGCUGGCAUAUUUCGGCGCGUGUACGACUGGCUCUUGAGAACUUUCUGGUCGCUCGAGAUGGAGGUGACAAUGGUCGGCUUGCAGAAUGCUGGCAAGACAUCGCUCCUCAGAGUCCUUGCUGGAGGAGAAUUCACGCUUGACUCCAUCCCGACUGUGGGUUUCAAUAUGAAGCGUGUGCAACGGGGACACGUUUCACUCAAAUGCUGGGACAUUGGUGGCCAGCCCCGGUUCCGCAACAUGUGGGAGAGGUACUGUCGCGGCGUGAACGCUAUAGUCUUCAUUGUCGACAUUGCCGAUACCGAGCUGAUACCUCAGGCCAGGGAUGAACUCCACGCCCUUAUGAGCAACCAUACGCUCAUUGGCAUUCCUCUCCUGGUCCUGGGUAACAAGUCCGAUCUUCCUCACAUCAUGUCCGUCGAUGAGCUGAUCGACGUCCUCGAACUCAGCACUGUCAAGGGCCGCGAGGUGUGCUGUUACGGUAUCAGUGCCAAGGAGGAGACGAAUCUGGAAGCCGUAGUACAGUUUCUGAUGAAGUAUGCCACCCGUUGA